AUGGCUCUCCGGCUCGCCUUCCUGUCGUUCCUCUUGGUGAUGGCCAUCGUGGCCGCAGGGGCCACGUACGCGGGCGACGAGUGGGGGAUGGCGCGACUGGCGAGCGAGGGUGGCGGGCUGACGGCGUGCGACGGGCGGGAAGGGGAGUGCGUCGGCGACGAGGAGGAGAUGACGAUGGAGUCGGUGUCUGCCCGGCGAAGCUUGGCUUCCAGGACCAAGUUCGUAAGCUACGGGGCACUUACCAAGAACCGGGUGCCCUGCAACCGGCGAGGCCAGUCCUACUACAAUUGCCACCGUCAGAAGAAGGUCAACCCUUAUCGCCGGGGCUGCAGCUCCAUCACCAAAUGCGCCAGAAUUCUGCAAUAA